GCCCGCACAUCAACCGGCAUUGGAGCUUGCGCACUCGGAUCGUCCAGACUCGUGUGCAUCGCCGUCGUUCCAUCGCCCGUUCGAACCUGCGGCCUCAGCGGCAGCGUGUGCUCCCGUCCUGAGCCCGUCGCACGCUUCAAGCUGUCGAAAUGGAUGUGCAGAACAAUUAUUCUGACUUUUUUGAAGGAACUGAGAAAUUACUGGAGGUGUGGUUCAGCCGCAGUGACGGAAAGGAUGAUAACUGCGACCUCCGCAGGAUCUCCAGAGACCAUUGGGAGUCGCUGCUGCAAGUGGUCAAGUGCGAGAUCAUCAGCUUCAAGAAGAAUGAACAUCUUGACUCGUAUGUGCUUAGUGAGAGCAGCAUGUUUGUGUCCAAGAGGUGCUUCAUUCUCAAGACUUGUGGCUCCACCACAUUGCUGAAUGCAGUCCAGCCUCUGCUCUACAUUGUCCAGGAGCUAACAGGCUUCAAUGAAGUGCUGGAUAUUUUCUACUCCCGCAAGAACUUCAUGAGACCAGAAUUGCAAACCAAGCCACACACCAGCUUUGAGGAUGAGGUUGAGGUUUUGGAUCGCCUUUUUCAGGAUGGUGCAGCCUACUGCAUGGGCAGAAUAAACCAUGACUGCUGGUACCUGUACACUCUGAACACUCCUCUGGGCUAUCGUGGAUUUCAAGUGGCUGAUCAAACCCUGGAGGUGAUCAUGCAGGACUUGGAUCAGAAAGUGAUGAGUAUCUUCACCCGAGAGGGCUCUUCAAGUGCCAGAGAUGCGACACAGAAGUCUGGCAUUGACCGACUGUACCCAACAGCCACACUUGACGAGUAUCUCUUCACUCCCUGUGGAUACUCGGUUAAUGGUAUUCUCAAAGGAGGUUAUUACUUUACGAUCCACAUCACGCCCGAGCCACACUGCUCCUAUGUGAGCUUUGAGACCAACGCUCCACAGGACAACUACCAUGACUUGGUUACUACUCUGCUGAAGAUGUUUCUUCCAGGCAAAUUUGUGAUGACACUGUUUGCAAACAAGCUUUCAGUGGCUGCCAAAGGGAUGAAGGAGAGCUGCAACACAGAGUUCCGCAACUACAGCCGCAAAGAGCUGCAGGUGUGCCGCUUCAAUGCGUACGACCUGACAUAUGCGCUGUUUGCCAAGGCCCCUAGUUGAGGCCCAUCGAGCCACCUUGUCUGGACAUGCCUCUUAACUGCCAGGUGGCAAACUUUUCUUGUCACCACAGCAGAUGGGUGGUGAGUGUGUCACCCUGCUGUUCCAGCUGUAAGCGACAAGCACUGGCGUUCCUCACCCACCCCAGAAAGACCCAGGACCAUGUCCGUAGGAUUUUGGACGCCGUGCUUCAAGGACAGGGCGGGCCUUGGACAGGCUCGGCCUCAUUCUCUUCUCGCUCCUUUUCUCCUUUUGCGAUGUUACUUUCGGGCAUUCCAUUUUGGCUCUGAAGAUGCUUGGCAUGGUAAAUGAAUUGGGCAUUCGUGAGAAUGUUCAUGAUGCCCAGUUAAACCAUCCCGUGGUCUUUCACUAGGCUGUUUGUUGCAAUCUGGCCCCACACUUUGUGUAAUUUCUCUGCAUGUGUCUAAUGCGGGUUUCUCUCCAGCCACAAUGUGCUGGCUGUGGUGCUGACAGGGACUGCUGCACCCCAGUCCCACGUCGGAAGCCCCUGCUGUGUGAGCAGCCUUCUACUAUAAAGAUCUAAAAACCAAAGAAGCUUUUAUGUGUCUCAUGCCAAGCUCUCUGUGCCAGUUACAAAACAUUUGUUUCUCUACAGUGUAUCUUGACAUCCCCCCCUUUUGGUUUUGUUUUCUGCAUCCAAGCUGUUCGUUUAUAUAUAUAUAUAUAUACAUAUAUAUAUAUAUCCUGCAGCAAGCUUUCUUUAUUUACCUGUAACACCUUUCCUUUCUUUGACUUUUUUUUAAUGAGCGCAAUUUUUGCCCCACUAAAGCUGUUCCAAAGGUUCACGAGGAACGGCUUGCAGACAGCAAGGCAAGCAUUGUGUGGCUGCAGCCAGCAUCAUCCCAUUUGCUCACCAAUUGCCUUUCCGUCUAACUUGAACGAGAUGCAGGUGCCUGGCUCACGAGGUUGCCAGGUCGUUUUGCGAGCGCACUGCUUCCUCACCUGUGCAAACAAAGCAAAUGAUGGGGAUCCACAUAAAAGCCAGAAUUAGCAUUGGUUGGGCAUUAUUAGCAGGCGGACUUGCAUAUAGGGAUUUUCAAUAGGAUACAUUGAUGGAUGCAGCCAUGCACUGUCAGCAUUGACCAAACUACUCGAGAGGCACGGCUUUUUAGAUGAAAACCUGUGGAGGAUGUCAGCAGAGCAGUAGGGGCCUUGAGACAGUCCAGCACAAAAACAAUGCCCACAAGCGUAGCAGUUGUUUUCCAGGUUUUUCCGCUCAGUCUUGACGACCUAUAGCUACAUCAAAGCUGUUCCUAGGAACACCGUCAAGCAAUAAAACAUAACAUACAGGGCAUCUUGAUGCUGACUGUGCCGACAUUCCUCCUGACACUUCUUGAGAUCAUUGUUCCUAGAUUUUUAGCUUGUGUGUUUGUCUGUUAUCUUUUCAACGUGAGUGUUCUGAAACGCGAGGCAUGUCCAGACGAGGUGAUGAGGCUGAUGAGGCAUUUUCGGGGAAGCUUAAUGUGUUCUUCCUUCUCGAAUAAUUCUCUUACUCUUAAUGUGGUAUUUUUAUUUUCUAGUGAUAGUGCAUUGGGCCUGUAUAUGCAUAAUGCAUAUACACAAGUGUAACCUUGAUGAUGAAAAUCAAAAAUGUUCUCCAUGGUACUUGUAUGAGCCUUGUGUUUCAAUAAAUGACAAAAGCAA